CCAUGCGAACAAUGAGUAAACGGAAACCGUAUCCUAACAAUUUUUAACGUCAAGGUGAAUUCUUCAUUGAAUGGAAUUAGUUUCGCGGGCUGGAGUGUUUGAUUGGAGGCACGAUUCUGCGUCGACCAACCAGCGCUCAGCACAGCUGCCCGCUUCAAAAGUAAACAAAUAUAGGCAACUGGGUGUGCAGCUUCGAAUGUUUUGUUCAUAUUUUUAAUUUCUAAGCAGAAGUUAGAUUAAACUCAACCUACACGCUUGAGGGAUUGCAGCUGUCCGAGAAUUUAGCGCUUUUGAUCCGUUUUUGAGAUGGAAAAUGUUGAAGAAGCAGGCGUCAACGGUGACUUGAAAAACGGAGAAGAUGCAGCUAAGAAAGACAGUCGUAGCAAGUGUGGAAAAUACCGAAAUGGCAAGGAAUCCGUGUCCAAGAAGCAGUCAAAAGCCAAGCCUGAAGAUGAAAAUAAAAGUCUUGAGGAGUUGAAAAGGUCGUUAAAUUCUGUGACUUCAGCAGAGGAGAAAAUCACCCUCCUCUGUGAGAAAUACGCAGAUCUACUUGAAGACAACAGAAAACUUGCCUUAGCACUGAAGCAAAGUGAGAAAAGAGCUCUUGUUUUGCAAGCCGAGAAGGAGCAAGCGCAGAAUGAAAGUUCCAAAGUGAUUUUGACCAAAGGCCGCCUGGAGAAUCUUUGCAGAGAGCUACAGAGACAGAACAAGACCAUUAAAGAAGAGAGUUUGGCUCGCAUCCGGGAAGAAGAGGAGAAACGCAAGGAACUGUCCACCCGUUUCAAUGUGACUCUCAACGAAAUCAAUUCCUUGAUGCAAACAAACGCUGAGAAAAACAACCAGCUCAGAGAGGAGAACAAAGCUUUGACAGACAAGUUUAAAAUCAUCUGCGAGCAAUAUGAAAUGAGGGAAUUGCAAGUUGAGAAGUUGAUGAAGCAAAAUCAGCUAGAGACCAAACUAUCAGAAACCAAAUUGGCCAAAGUCCAGGUUGAACUGAUGCAGGAAAAGGAACUGCUUUUGAGGGAGCUUAGCAACUAUCAACAACAGUUGAAGCAAACCGCUGAGAAUGAAGACGUGCUUCGGGGUCAGAUCAGAAUGUACUCAGACAAGUAUGAGGAGUUCCAACAGGCGCUGGCCAAAAGUAAUGAAGUGUUCGUCAACUUCAAGGCAGAAAUGGACAAAAUGUCAAAGAAAAUAAUUAAGCUGGAGAAGGAGACGUCAUCUUGGAAGCUGCGUUGGGAGAAGAGCCACAAUGCCUUGAUCGACAUGAUUGCAGACAAACAGCAGAGGGACGAGGAGCUGGUGCUUGCUGGUAAACAGGUGUCUCAGCUGCAGCGACUCUGCCGUACUUUGCAAGAGGAGCGGAGCAAGCAUAUCUCCAAAUUGAGAGAAUAUGAUGAAGAUGCUGGUAAAUCUCAGCCUGCUAUCAUGAAGAAGGAGGAAAUUGACGCCUUGCUGGAGAGGCAGCCCAAAGCCCCAAUGCCAUUGCCUGUGAUUGAUCCAGUUCCUAUCAUUGAUGAUGAUGGAGAAAUUAACUUUGAUCCUCCUGCGGAAAAUAGUUCCAACGAAACAGCUGCAGCGAUUGACACUGUAACUGUAGACAGUGAACAGACUGAAAAAAAAAACAGUAUUGACGAAGUCACUGUUAGCACAAACGGCUCUGCAAGUGCCUCAACUUUGAACGACCCUGUGCCUGAAGCUGUUGUUGAUAAGCCUGCUCCUGAGAAAACCAACAAACAAUCCACACCUACCCCAGAAAAGAAGAAAGCUAAGGAAGGAGGCCGCAAGAAGAAGAAAUAGAUUAUACCGCUGAUAUUUGAAAGAAGUUUUUGCACCACAGUUUCAUCUCUCAACCUCUGAAAUAAUUUAGUAUUUUAUUUAUUCAGACCACAAUCCCACCCGAUUUACCUGUCCUUGUUUGACAUUUAAAUGCUAUCUGUAUUUUGAGUUUCUCGUGGCGUGCUCUAUAUGGUUAACUAAAAUGUUGGGAACAGCGAGAAGUCCAUGUUUAGUGAAUUGUUUGAAGCGAAUAUUUUGUACUUUUAGCCUAACCAGCGUUUUUUCAUAAAAGCGUCGAAAUAAAAAUUUCACGAAAAAUCUCACUUGGAA